GUCAGUAUCGGACCGAUACCGAUACCUAAUAUUGUACAAAGAGUUGAGUCAAAGUGUAAGUGAAAAGUAUAGCAUCUUAAACCAGUAUUUCUGGUUUUCAAUGACAUACUGUACACAUAGGAUAAAGGAGUGGUCUGAAAGAGAAGAUCACUCCCCUCAAGUACUGCCCCUUCUCAUGAGAACUACUUAUUACCCGAAAAGAAACUAAACUAAAAUUCAGUUGUUUCUGACCAUCACACAAUGCAUAUCCUUGUGUUGAUCCUUGGCACUGUGCUGCUUCCUGCAGCCUAUGCGUUGAAAUGUUACGAAUGCAUACCAGCAUUAUUAGGAAGCUGCACUGAGACAACAAAAGAUUGUCCUUCCAAUACUCAGUGUGGUUCACUGAGAACCAUUUCAUAUACAGGUGGUUCAAAAUCUGAUGUUAAAAUCAAAACGUGUGUUGGGGCUGAACAAUGCUUCAAUGGCUCACUCAACCUUGGAUAUCUCCAAACUGUAAUUACCACCACUUGUUGCACCUCUGAUCUUUGCAACUCCCAAGAUGCUCCCGCUGGAAGCAUAUCAUCUCCAAACGGAAAAAAGUGCUUCCAAUGUGAAGGAAACAACUGCAAUAAAACUCUAUCCUGCAAUGGAAAUGAGGACUACUGCAUCUCAGUAGCAGUUACUUCAGGAGAUGUAACUCUUAAAUUAAAGGGCUGUGCCUCCAAGAUGAUUUGCUCAAACACACAAAAUCCAGAGAUCACAGGAAUUACUGGAGCAAAAAUCAGCUGCUGCCAGGGUGAUCUCUGCAACAGCUCCAGCAGUUCAACUGCCAGCCUUCUGCUCUUUGUGACAUCGCUGAUCUUGUUGGGCUUGUUCUCUUAGCUGAUGGAAACAACAGCAUCAUAGCCCAAUUGUUCUUCUCUCCUUCAAAAUACUUUCACCCAUUUAUCACAAAGCUCUGAGAAAAUAAAAAUGUAAGGAUUAAAUCUAAUUUUCACUUUUGAAAUGAAUACAUUUCUUAAAAUUCUGUCUGUAUCUUGGUCAUUUCUAAAACAUUUUUGCACUGAGUGGAUUUUAAAAAGAAUGUCAACAAAAUGCCUACAUAGCACAGAGUUAGUGAAGGAAAAUGUACUCAUUAUUCUUGUCUUGCAAACACAUCUCAUCAGAAGGUAACAGGCAUACAGCGUUAAGUCAAUCAGGUUCUUCAUGUUUGUUCAGAGAUUCCUUUGUAAAAACCUACAGGUUCUCACCUUACAAACAUCCCAUAGAGACCAUUUUAUAUAAACUUAUUUUUUCGCAUCGGGACAGGACUGUGAUUCAACUAAUCUAUACUUGGCUGACUUUUAUCAUACGAAUUAAAUGCUGAUUUAUUGCUUUAGAGCGUAGAUCAUUCUGUCCCUUAGACCUCAUCCUGUUUAUUUCGAGACAAUUCUGAAGAUAUUAUCUGAAUCUAAUGGGCACAUUUUGGUAUACGUGUCAGUUUAGACAUAGAUGUAGACUUUAUUUAUCCCACACGGGGGAAAUUCAGAAAUUCACAUGUUACAGCAUCACAAAUGUCAGGAAGAAAGAGUGAAUUAAAGAUAUCUUAGAAAAAAUAAAAAUAGAAAAACGAAUGAAAAAUGGGAGUAGUGUAAAUUGUGCAGUGGGAGUGAUAGAAUAUACGUGCGUAUUUUAGCAGGUAUCUAUUGUAUGUGUUUUGUUAUGAAGGAAAGGAAGGCUCAGGGUUUAAGUAAUCAGCAUAAUGGGCUCAUCCGAUUAGAAUAAGAAUAAGCAGUCAUCUAAUCAUUCACAGGGUGCUCCUUUUAUUCUCAAAUCAAUAAAGCAAGGAAGGAAUGAAGGAAGGACAUACAUGGACUGCCAAUGCUCUGCUGCCGCCCCGUGUAGAAGUGAAGAAAGAGUGAGCCAAAAGUGAAUGCAGUCCUUAUAUAAUGUGUGACAGGUGAGUGCAAUUAAGGACAAGCACCACACCCAAUCAAAGGUGAGAGAACUAAACAAGGUGCAUCUGGUGAAGUGAGUGGGUGUGCUGGGAUGUGCUAAAAGGGGGGUGAUAGGUUUGUAGCUUGAACCCAUCCGCUGGAA